AUGGCACCCACGGCGGCGGAGCAGCACACGAGGAAGGCGGUGGGACUGGCGGCGCGCGACGCCUCCGGCCAUCUCUCCCCGGUCGCCAUCACCCGGAGGAGCACUGGAGAUGACGAUGUGGUGAUCAAGAUUCUCUACUGCGGGAUCUGCCACUCCGACCUACACAGCAUCAAGAAUGAAUGGAAGAACGCCAGGUACCCCAUGAUCCCUGGGCACGAGAUCGCCGGCGAGGUCACUGAGGUCGGCAAGAAUGUGACCAAGUUCAAGGCCGGCGACCGUGUGGGCGUCGGGGUCAUGGUGAACUCAUGCCAGUCCUGCGAGAGCUGCAACAAGGGCUUCGAGAACCACUGCCCGGGCAUAAUCCCCACCUACAACACGGUCGAUCUCGAUGGCACCAUCACCUACGGCGGCUACUCCGGCAUGGUGGUGGUGCACGAGCGGUUCGUGGUCCGGUUCCCGGACACCAUACCGCUGGACAAAGGCGCGCCGCUGCUGUGCGCCGGCAUCACCGUGUACAGCCCCAUGAAGUACCAUGGUCUGAACGCUCCCGGGAUGCACCUCGGCGUGCUGGGACUGGGCGGGCUGGGACAUGUUGCGGUCAAGUUUGGCAAGGCCUUCGGGAUGAAGGUGACGGUGAUCAGUUCGUCGUCGGGGAAGAAGCAGGAGGCCCUCGAGCGGCUAGGUGCGGACGCGUUCGUUGUCAGCAAGGAUGCCGACGAGAUGAAGGCUGCAAUGAGUACCAUGGAUGGCAUCAUAAACACGGUGUCUGCAAACAUCCCCAUGGCCCCUCUCUUGGGGCUACUAAAACCCAACGGCAAGAUGAUCAUGGUUGGCCUCCCAGAGAAGCCUAUGGAGAUCUCCCCUUUUUCUCUGGUUGCCCUGAACAAGACCCUGGCCGGGAGCUGCAUCGGCGGCAUGAGGGACACCCAGGAGAUGCUGGACCUCGCUGCCAAGCACGCCGUGACGGCGGACAUCGAGGUGAUUAGCGCCGAGUACGUGAACACGGCCAUGGAGCGCCUUGCCAAGGCCGACGUGAGGUAUCGAUUUGUCAUCGACAUCGGCAACACCCUCGACAAAAUGUUGCAUGAUAUCCCAAGAAUGAGCCAUAUGUGCUAUACACCAUCAGUUUUCGAACCUGGCUCUCCCCUAACGUACUUAAUCGUAUGUGGUUCUGUUAUUCCAAAAUAA